AUGUUUAGCUGGCUACCAUGCUGUUCAGGAUCUUCAUCCGUAGGUGAUCAGACCCCAACUGAGCGACGAUUAAGAGCAAAUGAUAGGGAAUAUAAUUCACAAUUUAAAUACGCCGGAAAUUACAUCAAAACGUCAAAAUAUAAUGUUAUAACCUUCAUACCGCAAAAUCUUUUCGAGCAGUUUCAAAGGAUAGCCAACGCCUACUUUUUAGUGCUUAUGAUAUUACAAUUCAUACCCCAAAUAUCUUCAAUUUCAUGGUAUUCAACAGCAGUUCCUCUUGUGAUUGUGUUAGCAUUUUCGGCAAUCAAGGAUGGUUAUGAUGAUAUGCAAAGGCAUAUUUCUGAUCGAAGAGUUAACGGUCGAAUAUCGUACGUGGUCCGAGACGGAAGUCUCUGUGAGGAAGAAUGGAGCAAUGUUCGUGUUGGUGACGUCAUUCGAAUGAUGAGCAAUCAAUUUGUCGCGGCGGAUUUGCUGCUUCUCUCAACAUCCGAACCGCACGGAAUGUGUUAUAUCGAAACUAUGGAACUUGAUGGGGAAACAAAUUUGAAAACGAGGGCUGCACUGAGCGAAACGGAACAAAUGGGCGAUGAUCUUGAUGAAAUCACAAGAUUUAAAGGAGAAAUUGUAUGCGAACCGCCAAACAACAAACUUAAUAAAUUCGAAGGAAAAUUGAUUUGGAAUAAUCGAGAAUUGCCAAUUACCAACGACAACAUUCUAUUGAGAGGAUGCAUUUUGAAAAACACAAGAUGGUGCUAUGGAGUCGUAGUUUUCGCCGGAAAAGAUACGAAAUUGAUGAUGAACAGCGGAAAAACCAAAUUCAAAAGAACCUCUCUAGAUCGAUUUUUGAAUAUUUUAAUUGUCGGGAUUGUUCUAUUUCUGGUGGCAAUGUGCUUGAUUUGCACCAUACUUUGUGGUGUUUGGGAGUACACGACUGGCCGUUAUUUCACCAUCUACCUUCCCUGGGAUGAUGUCGUUCCCGAUCCUCACGAACGCGGAGCUCGUCAAAUCGCGCUCAUCGCCUUCUUAAUGUUUUUCUCAUACAUUAUCCUGCUAAACACUGUUGUGCCAAUUUCUUUGUAUGUCAGCGUUGAGAUUAUCCGAUUCAUUCACUCAAUGUGGAUAAAUAACGACGAACAAAUGUACUACGAGAAUGGCGAAAAGAGCGUGGCAGCAAAAGCGCAUACGACAACCUUGAAUGAGGAGUUGGGACAAGUUCAAUAUGUGUUCAGUGAUAAGACGGGAACAUUAACUAGGAAUAUUAUGACAUUCAACAAAUGCACAAUAGACGGCAUCUCAUACGGCGACGUAUACGACAACCGGGGGAAUUCCAUUGAAGUUACAGAUAAAACACCACCGUUGAGUUUCGCCUGGAAUCCGUCAUCUGAACCAACUUUUCAAUUUUACGACAAACGACUUUUGGAUGCGACUAAACAACGAAUUCCGUUUGUCGACGAAUUCUGGAGACUGUUGGCAUUAUGUCAUACUGUAAUGCCGGAAAGGGACAAAGGACAACUUGUGUACCAGGCGCAAUCACCAGACGAGGCUGCUUUAACAUCGGCGGCGAGAAACUUUGGAUAUGUAUUUCGUGCCAGGACCCCGCACAGUAUUACUAUCGAAGUCAUGGGAAAAGAGGAGGUGUAUGAGCUACUUUGCAUUCUUGAUUUCAACAAUGAACGCAAGAGGAUGUCGGUAGUCGUCAAGGAUCCACAUGGAAAGAUUCGAUUGUAUUGUAAAGGAGCCGAUAUGAUGAUAAUGCAGAGGAUAAAACCAACGACGUCACCUAUUAUGCGGGAUUCAACAACUUCCCAUUUGGCAGAUUUUGCAAAUAUUGGUCUCCGAACGCUUUGUCUCGCCUACAAAGACAUAGAUUCCGCAUUUUUUGAAGCAUGGAGUAGAAGGCAAAUGGAAGCGUCGACGUCGCUUGUAGAUCGUGAAGCAAAACUCGACGCCGUUUAUGAAGAAAUUGAGAAAGAUAUGACAUUGAUUGGUGCAACUGCUAUCGAAGACAAGCUGCAAGAAGGCGUGCCAGAAGCAAUUGCCCGUCUUUCGGAAGCGAAUAUCAAAAUUUGGGUAUUGACUGGCGACAAAACAGAAACUGCAAUUAAUAUUGCCUACUCAUGUCGAUUGCUUACUGAUGAAACACAAGAGAUCGUGGUAAUCGACGGACAAACUGAGCCCGAAGUCGAGGUUCAGCUCAAAGACACACGAAAUACAUUCGAAAACAUUUUGCGAGAACGACCAAGGAAAAGUACACAAGUUGAAGCUUAUAUUAAUGAAAUAAUAAGUCUUCUUGAUAAUUGUGAUAAGGUGGUAGCUCCUGGAAUGAAACCAACGAUCGACAUUGAGACGAUUCACGAUGAUUCGAGCACUUCCCCAAGAAGCUUUGACAGAGAUAUCAAAACACCGGACAUCAAAAACUACGAGAGUGCACAACAUCGAAACGGCGGAGUCGCCCUUGUUAUCAACGGCGAUUCUUUAGCUUUUGCUCUCGGUGCUCGACUCGAACGAACAUUUUUGGAAGUUGCCUGUAUGUGCGCAGCUGUGAUCUGUUGUCGUGUGACUCCGCUGCAGAAAGCACAAGUUGUGGAUCUUGUGAAGCGCAAUAAAAAGGCAGUCACAUUAUCGAUUGGAGAUGGAGCCAACGAUGUUAGCAUGAUCAAAACCGCGCACAUUGGGGUCGGAAUAUCGGGACAAGAAGGAAUGCAGGCAGUCUUGGCGUCGGAUUACUCACUGGGCCAGUUUCGAUAUCUCGAGCGUCUUCUUCUUGUUCAUGGAAGAUGGUCCUAUAUAAGAAUGUCGAAAUUCUUGCGAUACUUCUUCUACAAGAAUUUCGCAUUCACAUUGACUCAUUUCUGGUACUCAUUCUUUUGCGGCUACUCGGCUCAGACAGUAUUUGAUGCCGUCCUCAUUGCCUGCUACAAUCUGUUCUUCACCGCUCUUCCUGUUCUCGCGAUGGGAUCUCUCGAUCAAGACGUCGACGACACAUACUCAUUGCGCUACCCGAAACUUUAUUUACCUGGUCAAUUCAAUCUCUUCUUCAACAUGCGAAUAUUCAUCUAUUCGGUGCUUCAUGGAAUGUUCAGCUCGCUCGUCAUCUUUUUUGUACCCUAUGGUGCAUUUUACCAAGCAGCUUCUGCCUCGGGAAAGGAUAUCGAUGAUUACGCUUCGCUGGCUUUUACGACAUUCACAGCCUUAAUAGUUGUGGUCACAGGCCAGAUAGCUUUUGAUACCUACUAUUGGACAGCAAUCAGUCAUUUUGUGAUUUGGGGAAGUCUGAUCUUCUAUUUCCUUGUCUGCUUCCUACUAUACGAAUGGCUGCCAAUUUCGUGGAUUGUUAAAACAUCUUCCUCAAUAUCUUAUGGCGUUGCAUUCAAGACAAUGACAACACCGCAAUUCUGGUUUUCCAUAUUAAUGGUUGUCGUGAUCCUUCUUCUUCCAAUAAUGCUCAAUCGCUUCUUCUGGCUUGAUACACAUCCGUCAUUCGCAGAUCGCCUUCGAGCCCGCAAGAAGCUCGGCAAAAAGGAUUCUGCUCGCGAGGAAAAGAAACCAAGUUUCAAGAGAACGGCGGCUACUCGUCGCAGUGUCCGCGGAUCACUCAGAAGUGGAUACGCGUUCUCGCACUCGCAAGGAUUCGGAGAGCUCAUUCUCAAAGGAAAACUUUUCAAGAAUGUUGAAAACCUUCGCGGACGUGGCUCAGCGAGCAAAAUCCAUCCAAUCGAUGAUCCACCACGCAGACUGACAGUAGUUCCUGAGGACUAUUCGCAGUCGACACCGCCUUUCGUGUCGAAUAUUCCCACCAUGCCACUUCCAGUGCGACAACGUACCAACGAAAUACCUCAUACAUUAAGUGUGAACACAGAGGACUGGUCAAACAGUGAUAAUCGGCCUUCGUACGCCAGGGAACCCUCUCCUCUACAAGGUACCGUAAUCGGCGGCGAUGGAAAGGUGAUCCGAAAAACGAAGCCCCGAUGGGAAACGAAGGUAUAA